UAUUAUUUCAGAUUACAAUAUUAUUAUUUUAAUUGUUCUAUACUAUAAAAAAAUAAAAUAAAUUUUAUUAACUCUGUGAGAUAUUUUCUCAUCGCAAUAGUAAAGUAGGGGGGUCAGAAUUUAAAAAAUCGGGUCUGAUCGGUACAGUUCGGAGGUUCCCGUAAGAGUGCAUUUGUGUUUGGAUGUAUUAUUAUUAAAUAUUAUUUUUAAAUAAGUCAAUUUUUUUUUUGUUUUAAGAAAUUUAUUUUAUUUAAGAUUUUUUAAAUUAAAGGGACUAUAAGCAUGCGUGCGCUUCCACAUAAGGCGUGAGAGUUUUUCUCAUCGCGCGAGUAAUGAUAGUAAAUCGUUUUGCGAGAGUGCUGAAGGGUUAAAGUGGUUCCUAGAAAACCUGCAUUUCGCCAGUUGCUGACAAUUUUAGGAUUGGUUCAGGAUUCAGUUAUACCUCUUUGUUGGGUUUUAAUGCAAAAAAAACAUACUUCAGCAUAUGAGUCGGUACUCACAUAUUUUUCUAUUAAUUUGGCUCCACAUUUGCAUCCAUUAGCAAUAAACACUGACUUUGAACGUGCUCUCGGUACGGCAAUUGAGAGAAUCUAUCCUGGAGUAAUUCAUACUCGAUGUUAUUUUCACCUAUGUCAGGUGGUUAUGAAAAGAGUAAAGAAGUUAAAACUUCUAAAUGGAAUCUAUGAAAACGAUGCGCGUCGAUUAUUUCUACAAAAAUUAUUAGUACUGCCUCUACUACCAGCCGAAGAUAUUGAAUUAGCAUUUUACUGGAUUGUUAGUACGACUGUGCCAGUUAUUUUAAUAUAUUUUAAAAAACUGCUGAAGUACUUUCAUAGUCAAUGGAUAAGAAGAACAAGACUGGAGCUUUAUUCUGUUUUUCUUCGAAUUUUUCGAACUAACAACUUCUCUGAAGCCUAUAAUAAAGUGUUGAAUAUCCGAUUCGGUACUCAUCCAAAUAUUUGGGAUUUCACAGAAAAAAUUUUAAUUUUGCAGGAAUUGAAGCAUACAGAGUAUGCAUCUUUACAAAUUGGAAAUCAAGUAACGGAACACUCUAGAAGACGUGAGACCUUGAAAAACGAAAUCAUCCAUCGCGCUUGGGAUUUAUAUCAAAAUAAUCAGUUUGGUAUUCCACAAUUUAUAAAUUGUGUCAGUCACUUGAUAAAUGAGCUAAAAAAUGGAAGAGCCGUUGAAGUUCAACAAGUUAAUGAUUUCAUCAUCGGAGUUCCUAUUGGAAUUGAAUUCAUUGUCGGUGACCAUAUCACAGAUUGUGUGGUUUGUGAACAAAAUAUUACAAAUCAUAUUUGUUUACCAUGCAACCAUUGGUUUGGAUGUUCACAGUGCGUACAAAACAUGCGAGCCCUUCUUGCUCGAGUGAAUGCGAACCUAAGUUGUCCAACUUGUGCCAACGUUGUAGACUCAUUUGAAAUGAUUUUUUAAGUUCUAAAUUAACAUUAAUUUUUAACGAUAUUCACAAAAUAAGUAUGUAAUGAAUGAUAAAUCAUCGUUAUAUUUUUUUAUGUGUGCUCCAGUCUGAUUUAAGUAUCUUAUAUUAUAAAAGAAAAUGUCUCUUUUAAAUGUAUGUAUGAUUUUUACUAUCAUUUCUGU